AUGGGCACUCUGACGGCUGAGAUGCCUCGCUUGCCCGAGUAUUGCGACCAUAAACUACCUACCUCAUGUCGCCUAUCUUCGAUCCCGAACUGCUGUGCUUGCGCUGAUGAGCGACCACACCAAUCGAGUUAUUCGACCUAUGUUGAUGGUGUUGGUUUCGUCGCCAGGGGUGCCCGCUGGGAUCGCUACUGUUGGCCUUGUUCCCAGUUCUGGAGAAAUCGUGUCGCUCAAACCAACCUACUCCCUACGCAAACUCGUAUCCCUCAAACACCCGAUCAGUCAGACUUCCUAGAACGAUGGUACCAAUUCUACAAUGGCUAUCGUACAGUCUCUCGCCAUGAUGGUGCCGAAGAAAGAGUUGCUGUCUUGGGCGAACGCUUCAGAGAUGUCUCUCCCGGUCGUCUUCCGAGAACUUUGGACGAGCUAAGAGCUGGUCAAGAACGGAGUAAUGCAGACCAGCCCCAGCACGUCGAAGUCAUAAGAGAUGAAGCUCCAGAAGGCCCUUCCCUUGAAGCUGUUCUCGAUCAAAUGUUUGACGAGGCUGAAGAUGAACGACAGGAGGCCGACCAAGAUCCUCCAGCUCUCAUACACGCGCCAUUUACAUUCAACUCAAAUGACAGCAGCAACAACUCUCGCGUCGCAGGCCAGGUUAUGAGGCCUGCCCCAUCAAGAAAUCCUGAGUAUCAGGCUCGUAGGAUCUCAGCUCUCAGAAGAGAAUUGCUUCGUAUGAGAAAUGGCAUUGAGCGUGUCAUAUCUGGUCUUAGAGAUCUAGGCGAGCCUAUUCCCGAUCAUUCAGAGACCACUACUCGUCUCUCUGACCUGGGCAGGUCCCUCGAAGUCAUGUCGGUCAGAGACUCGCCUUUAUCAAGACAGUCAGAUUCUGCGAGUCGUGAGUCACGCGCUCCUAUAGUAGGCUCUGUCUAUCGCGACCCUGAACUGGUCAACGUUCAACAACGCUUCGAUGAAGCUCAGAGACAGCUCGAGCAAGCUCAGAGGUUCCGCGAUCAAUCAGCGAUAGAAUUCCAGCUCGCCCAGGCCAGCCAAACAGAGACGUCGGAGAUCUUAGAGGGUGCAGAACUCGACCUGACUGAGCAUAGAGAGCAGGUCUCUCAACUUCGUCGUGAACAGCGCACUGCUGAAAACUACGCUCGCCUUUUUGGUUCGCGUGAAGAUAUGGAAAUUCAAGGUGCCGACUACGAAAGUCCUAUCGGUGGAUUGUUCACGCGAGCCUGGGACCGUUUCAGAGCUGCCGAGGGGGUCAGACAAGAUGAGAGAACUUUGCGACAAGUCUUGGAGCAUGAACAAAUGGCCACCGGACCCUUGUUUUCCGGCAAUAAUGCAGAACCGAAUCCAGCUGCCGACACUGUCUACGAGGACCGCUUGAACGAAUAUUACACUAUGCUCAGGCAGCAAGACUGGACACAAAACAAUAGAGAGAACACAGCAAACAUUGGCACUGCUACUGACUCGAACCUUCCAAAUGUUGAGGCGUCGGUCUCAGAGGCAGCGACACAGGCAACAGAGCCUUCGACCGAACCCGAAUCAUCCCAACAGAUGACCACACUGGAAAGACUUUUGCGCAAUACUCCUGAGCCGCAAAGAAGCUCUAUCAUCGCUCGAAUGGAGCAGAAUGGAACGGCUGCGGCUCUCCAACACCCUGACACUGGCAAUACCAUCGACGUCUGGCGACGUUUGCGCGAUGCUUACGCACCCUUCCGUGGGAACUGGGAAGAAGAAAGUGAAUCAUCGGAAGAUGAGGAUCGUGCUAGAGGAGGCCUUGACGCGGAAGACUCUGGUCGCCCUGAGCCCAAGGAAGAUGUUGACAUGACACUCAAAUUGGACUGCAAGAUCUGCUACACCCAAACUGCCGAUACUGCUUGUCUACCUUGUGGUCACUUGGUAAUGUGUCAAUGGUGCAGUGCACAGCAUUCGCCUGUCAUGCAACACGACAGAACAAGGCCACGUAAACCCGCCAACUGCCCAGUCUGUCGUAAGAAGAUCAAGCAGAAGGUGCGCAUUUACCGAGCGUGA